AUGUCUGUUCAUGUGAUCCCGGUCUCUGUAGCAAGGCGGAUUGAGCAAUUGCAAAGGGACUCUUUGUGGGGUGAUGGGGGUGAGGGUGGUCAUUAUCAUUUGGUGUCUUGGGAUCGGAUUUGUAGGUCUAAGGAGCAAGGGGGAUUGGGGGUUCGGAGGUGGUGUGGUGACUGGUUUUUAGAGUUUCGUUUCCCUUUGAUAUUUGCUAUUGCUUCGAAUUUUGAGGUGUUGGUGAGUGCUGUGAGGGUUGGGGAGGGGCAGUUGAGGGUAAAUAAUGAUGCCUUGGUUUGGGAUUGUCCCAGGGCCAAAGGUAUUUUCACGGUGUCUUCGUUCUAUGGGGCGCUUGUUGCGGAUAAGUGUGUUGUUGAUGGCACCUUCGUCUAUCCGUGGAAGAAUGUUUGGGUGUCAGGCACGCCAUCCAAGGUUGCCUUCUUUGUGUGGACGGCGAGUUUGGGUCGUAUUUUGACUAUUGAUAAUUUGAUUCGUCAUGGGCAUAUUUUGGUGAAUUGGUGUUGUUUGUGCAGUCAGGCUGUGGAAUCGGUUGACCAUUUUCUUAUUCAUUGUUCGGUCUCUUCUCGUCUUUGGAUGCUUGUGGUGGCAAUGUUUGGGCUGGUUUGGGUCCGACCGGGUUCUUUGUUUGCAGUUUUGCAGAGUUGGGUCGGGGGGAGGGUGGGGAAGAGGCGUCGAAAGGCUUGGAUUCUUGCCUUGCAUUGUUUACUUUGGUUGAUUUGGUUGGAGCGAAACAAGCGGGUGUUUCAUGGGGUGGCUCAUUCCAUCACUUGGUUAGAGAGGCGCCUUCUUACUGUUCUGUAUAGUUGGGUGAUAGGAUUAGUGGAUCCAGAUGUAUUGGCUUUUACAGAUUUUGUGGAGAAUUUGAUUAGUUAG